AUGCCUCCCCCCUGCAACAAGUGUAAGCAGGGAGGGGCACAAGAAGGAGAUUCGUGGUGCUUGGGGUGCUCCUCGUUGGAGCUGAGUCAGGGGCUCCUCAAGCAGCCUUGGAGGCAGGUGGGACUUCGAGCAGUUGCUGAGGCUGAACCCAGGUCUGACAGGGAAUCUGAGGACAGCGAGUUCUUUGAGGAGGAAGAAGAAGAGGAGGACAAGCCCAUCACCGAGGUGCAAAGAGAGCGACGGAGCUCUGACGCAGACGACUUCUCCGAGCUGGCAACGCCUUUGCCCGGGGACCCUGGGUACGUGGAUGCCGUGCGAGAGUCGCUGGCAGACACGGCAAGGCCUACGACCGCCCAGGAUUACAAUUUGGAAGAGGCCGCUUUUUGGAGACUGCGGCACAUGCCCUUGGGGUCAGUGCUGGAACUUGUUGGUCCAAGCACGGCCGAGGCCGGAGCCGGCGCCACGCUGGCGGUGCUAGUCACUUCUUGCGAGGGCGACAGUCACGGCUUAUGGCUGGGGGUGAGUGUGCUGGGAUCCGAUGUCGAAGAGUACAAAAAGGAGAUGCAAGCCUAUUUCAAGAGCGGCCGCAGGAUGAUGCACCUCUGUUAUGGCACAAGGGACGGUUCUUGCGCCAUUGGAGAAGAGCCAGGAAUGCACGUGCGGCAGUUUCGGUGGCAUCCCCCGGGCGAUUUCCGUGCACCCUGGGUCAAUGCGUAUGGCUUGAAAAAGAUCAGGGAAGGCAUCAAGAUGGCGGUAGAAGAAAAGAAGAAAAAGGAAGAGGUGCAUCCUCGUCUACCUCCACGAGAAGGUCGGUCAGGAGAGAGCGACACCGAGAAGCGGCUGGCAGCCUUGAGGGGUUCCUCACCAAGGGUGUCCUUUGCCGCCGGCACGGCCGCGCCAGCUACUCUUGGGGGUGCCGCUGGAAGGCCGGCUGGUGCAAGGGCUGGUGCAUUGAGGAGGUCGGACGCCUCCAGACGUGUGCUGGAAGGCGGCCCUUCUCCCCUGGACCUAGUCAAGAUCGAGACGGUGGACCUGACGCAGGACCGGCCGCGGUCACCUUCCGAGACGGUGGUAGCGAAGGACAAGAGGAGGAGGUCUUCGGGGCUGGCGGAAGCCGCCGUGGCCCAUCAGAAGGCAACCAUCAAGAAGGAAAGGAGGAGGAGUCGCGAGAGGAGUCGCAGCAAGAAAAGCAAGAAGAAGCGGAAGCGACGGGAUCGCAGCGAGAGCAGCUCGGGGUCCUCGAAGAGGAGCAGCUCUUCCGGGAGCAGUUCACUUCUACCCCCGCUCCGGCGGAAGUCCCAGCGCCAGCCGGGUUCGGUGUUCCGUAUGCUCGAGCAGCAAGCCUUCGACUUCCUUGCACAGGACGGCUUGGUGGAAGGAAGAGAGGAUGGCGAAGAGCUGGCGCGGCGGCCCAAGCUGUUUACCUACUAUCAGCUAGGGCUAAAGCCCUCCUUAGAUCCACGCGGAAGAGAUUGCAAAGAGCUGGCUCUUCUGAGCCGGGCUCUAGACAUGCUCAAGGAUGGCAAGCUGGACAGCUUGUCAGACCUCCUUGCAGCGCGCCUGAUCGCGGUAGAGACGGCGACAAAGCAGGGAUGGUCGACGGCUCGCCACCUCGAGAUCUUCGAUGGAGAAGAAGAGGGCACAGCGCCCGCCCAUAUUCUCCUUGCGGCCCAAAAACAUGGCAAGCAAGUGGAGAAGGCCGGAGGCAAAGGCUCCUGGCCCAGGGCCUCAAAUUGGUCCUCGAGCUGGAGCGGCGAAGGCAGCGACAAGGAGAAGAAGGAAGGCAAGCCCCCGGGAGAGGGGGGGUGCGCUGUUCCUGUGGGGACGAGCGCCCCCCCCGCAUUGCAUGACAGUGAGCACUACGUUCCCGUCACGGGGCGGGCCAUUUCUUUUGGGAGCCCGGCGGACGAAGUCCCCGCUGGGCAGCCUGACCCGUGCGGUGAAAGCAGCAUUGGCAAUGCUGGGGAGGCAGCAAUGGCCUUUCCGGGCAGUAGCCAUACCGGGACAGAUGGGGGGGGCUGGAUGUUAUCCCUGCCCCCUCAGACCAGGCGCAGUGGCUUGAACUCCUGGCCCAGUCGAGCAGUUUGCAUCAGCUCGGCAUAG